CGUCCGGCGGCGCCGGGCACGGGCAGUGUCUCGGGGCGGAGCGUGGAGGUGACGACGUGCGGCCAGGCGAGCGGGGACCCGGCUCAGAUUAGAACCCGCCACACUAAGCAAAUCAUCAGCACGAAGUCAUCAUGAGCGUGUCGUGGCCCUCCCAGCCGAGCCCCAGCUCACCUUCCACGCCGCAGGAGACCAGUUUCUUCUCGGCCUCCGACCACUCCAAGACGCUGCUGCAGUCUAUGCACAAGAUGCGCUCGAACGCCCAGCUCUGCGAUGUGGAGUUUGUGGUCGGCGAACUGAAGAUAAAUGCCCACCGCAUAGUGCUGGCAGCGUGCAGCCCCUACUUCAGCGCCAUGUUUACCAGUGACUUGGCCGAAAAGCGACAGUGUCAAAUCACCCUGCAUGACAUCGAUCCGCACGCCAUCCAGCUGCUGGUAGACUUCGCAUACACAGGCGAACUGCAGAUCAGCGAGGACAAUGUCCAGGUCCUGCUGCCCGCCUCCAGUCUGCUGCAGCUGAACGGUGUACGAGAAGCCUGUUGCUACUUCCUGCUGAAGCAGCUGCACCCCUCCAACUGCCUGGGCAUACGCAGCUUCGCAGAUGCCCAUGCCUGCGGCGAACUUCAGCUCCGGUCCCACAAGUUUGCCCUUCAAAACUUCCAGGAAGUCUGUGGCACGGAAGAAUUCCUCUUCCUCCCCUUCAAGCAGGUGAAUGAGCUGAUAGCCAGCAACCAGAUGAACGUGGCGGACGAGGAGACGGUGUUCCGGUCAGUGGUCAAGUGGGUGCGACACGCCGAGGCGGAACGCAAACAGCACGUGUCGGAGCUGAUGUCGCACGUCAAGCUGCCGCUGCUGCCGCGCCACUUCCUGGUGAGCACCGUGGACCAGGAGCCGCUGCUGCGCGACGACCCGGCCUGUCGGGAGCUGCUGCUCGAGGCGCUCAAGUACCACCUGCUGCCCGAGCAGCGCGCUUCCAUGGCCAGCGCGCGCACCGCCGACCGCCGUCCGGACGCCGCCGCGCCCUACCUCUUCUCCGUCGGCGGCGGCAGUCUGUUCGCCGUACACUCCGAGUGCGAGGUGUACAGUCCUCGGCUGGAGCGGUGGCUCUCGGUGGCCGCCAUGAACACGCGGCGCUCACGUGCCGGCGUGGCCACGGCCGGCCGUCGCCUGUACGUCAUCGGCGGCUACGACGGCUCCAGCGACCUCAGCUCGGCCGAGACCUACCACCCGCUGGCAAACACCUGGAGCUACGUCUCGCCCAUGGGCACCAAGCGCAGCUGCUUCGGCGCCGCCGGACUCAACGGUCUCAUCUACUGCUGCGGAGGUUACGACGGCGCCUCGUGCCUGAGCAGUGUGGAGCGGUACGACCCGCUGGCCGACAGCUGGUCCUCGCUGCCCCAGAUGCUGUCCCGCCGCCGCUACUGCCGGCUCGCCGCCAUGGACAACUGCCUCUACGCCGUCGGCGGCUUCGACUCUGCCUCCUAUCUGAGCUCGCUGGAGCGCCUGGACCCCAGGGUGGGCAAGUGGAUGAGCCUGCCGCCCAUGUCCAACAGACGGAGCAGCUGCGGCGUGGAGGCCGUCGGUGACUGGCUCUACUGCGUUGGCGGCAAUGACGGCACCAUGUGUCAGUCCAGUGGCGAGAAGUUCAGCCUGCGCAGCAACACCUGGGAGAGCGUCGCCAGCAUGCAGUCCCGCAGGUCCACCCAUGAGCUGAUCUACAUGGGCGGCCGCCUGUACGCCGUGGGCGGCAACGACGGCAGCUCCAGCCUCAACUCGGUGGAGAGCUACGACGAUCGACUGAACCGCUGGAAGCAGGAGCCGCCGAUGAACAGUCGGCGCAGCUCGGUGGGCGCCGCUGUGCUUCACUGUGUCAGCCUGGAACGGCUGCUGCGCGGCAAGCAGUGGAGCACAGCACCCCUGACGGCCUCGCUGACCUGCGCCAGCGGUGCGGCGCGCCCCACCAGCCUGUACAACAGGCAGCGCGAGACGGCCGGCGGCGAUAAGGUGCGCCGCGACCGCCGCCUGGACAUGGCGCACCGCGGCACCUUGUGAUCGUCGGCCGCCGGCUGCCUGCGCGGGUGCAUCUGCUGACGGCGACACCAACCGGACGACCUGACCUCUAUCAGUUGAGGCAGAUGCCGAUAGAUGGCGGGAUCCACAGCCUGUUGCGAGGCAGUUGUCCGGUCAAGAAGUCAGAUGCAGCGUUGUGCAGGGGUCUGACCCCUGCCCUACGGUGGUAUUCAGAGCAGUCGGAUUGCAGUGUUCGUUACGUUGUCACCCAAUUCAGACCUACUCACCAGCGCACACGCGGCCAUCACGGGCGCCACUAUUCAACAACCCCUGUGCGGAACCGGAUCACACCACAGAACCUGAAGCCCCACCUAUUCCAAGAGAUUGGCUGAAACGUUGCAGGACUACCUUCAGCGAAGAAACGGAGCCUAGCUGCCGUUUCGUUGAGCAUUUCCGCGCAGGGCGUCGGGGAGGGAUUUGCCCGGGUUGAAAACCAGCCCGCUUGGACAGGUGUCCACUCACUGCCAAUUUACCACUGCCCGCGCGCAGCUAAUAACAGGCCGCACUGCCAGAGAGCGCCGAGAGGACUGAAACAGGCGGCUGCUAAUACACCUUGCCGUGCUGACUGCGAGUGAAACGGACUGUUUACCUCACUUGGCGAGCGUUUAACGAGAGGUGCAUUACAACGAAACUAGGUAGUGGCUACGGUUGGUGAUCAGGCUAUUUAUUCCAACGGGGAACAAGGUAAGUAGCGCAGUUAGUUCAGACACGACUUGGACGAUAUCAUUCAGGAGGAAUGGGAGCACGACUAUGGGUGCACCACCCUUGCAGAACUGGGAUUGUUACGUUCAGCGCUGUUCCUGUUGCUUCACACGUAGUUGCACAUUCCAGGGCAUGAAAUGCUUGUUGACCUGUUUCUAAACACGAGUAAAUUUCAUGUUCCAGCUAGCAGAUGGAUUAUCAGCUCUGUCUCGUUUUGUCUAGUAGCGGUCAGCAUUAAUUUGCAGUGAGUGAUUGAUUUGCAGCAUUUAAGUGAGCGAUUCGAAUAAGGAUCUUCAAAAAUCGCGCUUACCUAGCCAUUCGAGCUUGUGACUUUUAAUGUCGUUUCGAAGGCUAUGUAGCAAACAUUGGCAUUGGCUCCGCUUUCCACCUGUUUUAACCUGUGAGCACAUUCCAGCAGUUUAUUUGUUGUGUAUGCAUGUAAUGGUAAAGCGGCUUUGCAGCUGAUUGUUGUUUGUUCUGACUGGCAUUUAAAUGCACUGAAUGUCACUUUCCAUCGCUGGCGGCGCGCCAAAAAUUUAAUGGCAUGUUUUCACACGUAGGGUACUCGUUUUACAAUAUUUUGACGUUAUAUAUCAACUAAGCAUGUUACCACACAUCAGGCACUAUAAUGAGGAGCGCGCCGCCCAUACUUACGUCUGCCAUACAACACUGCCGACAAGCUAUAGGCGGAUGUGUCCAAGUGAGCGUGUUGCAUACGGAGUAGCCACGCCUUCAGUCACUGCCAAAGCGGGCGUUGAUGACAAGCAAAGCGUUAUGGUUAUAGUGUGUCCACGUGUGCGACUGGGACGGUCACCACCUUCGCAAGUCGGUUCCCACCAGCGACCAGUCAAUGCGACACUGCGUGGGAACCGAACCCAGCUCCUGCGUUCACGACUCGUACCCCAUCUCAAAAAGCGAGACGGCAAUGUGCGCCAUUUUCCGUUCCCAUUCUGGGAGCGUGUGAGCCGAAGCAGUUCGCCCUUACUUAACAUGUAUAUUUUUAAGCCAUCAAUGUGAGGAAUCAGUGACACUUGUGACAUGGCACGUUGCCCAAUGUUUGUAGGACGGUAUUCAAAAAGGGAUGAAUGUCAGGGUUUCGUUUUCGGAAAUUGGCCGUUGGUUGCAUUAAGAUCGCAUACUCGACACGGAGAUAUACCCAUGUCGGACAGACUGGUUCGGAGGAUGCUCCUCUUUCAGAACAAAUGAAUGGAGGCCGAUGGGAAGGCCUCGCGGGCCUCGCAAAGCAAUGGGCCGUGGGGUAAAGGCCGCAGGUGGAUGCGAGCCGCUGACAGGCAACGUCACUGGGUUUCUGGUCUGCACACACAUGGUCAGCAGCCCCUGCUGAUGGUGGUUUGUUCACGCCGGUUCCCCUCACCACGCCGGAUUUGUGCGCUGACGCGCCUCAGUCAACACCGCAAUACAAGUUUCUGUAAGUGGGCCGUGUUGUGCGUGUCGUGGGUCGUUCUGUAUAUAGAUACCUCGGUUGGUUAUAGGUUUAACUCUCUGUCUACUAGUCGUAACCAGCAGCUGUAAGCCAUUGCCUUUGAAGAGGUUCUAUGUUGACUCGCCCUCCCCGCAGCCGACAGAGGUGAGAUGUUCAGGUUUAUAUCUGUGUGGCUGCGAUGAAGAACACGUUGGCGCCGCGUUCCUCAGAUCAGUAGCCAUGCGCUCCAAGCAAUACGCUGCGAUUGCUUCUCCGCAAACCUUGCCGCCGGGUCUUCUUCGCGCCGCCGACGCCAGCCGACCUCGCUCGAGACCCGUCUGUCAUUGUGUGCUGGGACGAUACACGGCACAGUGUUUUUGUUGGCGUACACACCCACGUACCCAGUACAAACACGACACGUGCUUUGAAACCGCUAAAAUGUGCUCGUAUUUUGCGAAGUUAAGGGCAUUUUAAUAAAAGUGUGAUGAGCUGAA